AUGAUACGACAAUCUAUAGCAAGCGUGACCAGGCGCGCAUUUGCGCUGCCUACUACACAGACCGCCAAUUCUUCUUCGAAACGGCUCUUCUCCUCCUUCGUCCCUCUCAGACCAACUCUCUCAGCACGUCCAACCGUCUUCGCAAGACCCACGGCAUCGCCCUUCGCCCCCGCUUUCCCAACGCCUACCAUCACAGACACCACCAGUUCCAUCACUGCAGACCUCGUCCCCAAGACGUCCAUCACCGCUCAUCCCGCCCUGGCUCUGUCCCAAAUCCGUUGUGGCCCGCGAAACACGAUGAACCGUAACACCCGCCUCAUCCAGAAGCGACGACACGGCUUCGUGAGCCGCAUGAAGACCAAAAGUGGGAGGAAGAUCAUCAAGCGGAGGAAGGCCAAGGGCCGGUUGAGGCUGGGUUGCUCUACUUGA